CGAGGCAAGAGCAACCCUCCACAGCUUGUCUUCUCUACCAACAACGCCCCCAUAGCUGCGGUGCUUCCUUUUAUACCUUUGCCCUUAGACUUUACGCGCCAUGUCUGCUGCACAGCUUCUCAACCCGAAAGCUGAGUCUAGGAGACGCGGCGAAGCUCUACGGGUCAACAUCUCGGCUGGCGAAGGACUGCAGCAGGUCUUGGCCUCGAACCUUGGCCCGCGUGGGACCUUGAAAAUGCUCGUAGAUGGUGCAGGUGCAAUCAAACUCACGAAAGAUGGAAGUGUGUUGCUGAAAGAGAUGCAAAUCCAAAAUCCCACUGCCGUCAUGAUCGCACGAGCCGCAACUGCGCAGGAUGAUAUCACAGGGGAUGGAACCACGUCGGUCGUAUUGCUGGUCGGAGAGCUGUUGAAGCAGGCUGAUCGAUACAUAUCUGAAGGGCUACACCCCCGGGUAAUUACAGAUGGGUACGAGAUCGCCAAGACAGAGGCUCUGAAGUUCCUAGAUGAGUUCAAGCUCAAAAAGGAGGUCGACCGAGAACUGCUGCUCUCCGUGGCACGAACGUCAUUAUCAACCAAGUUGGACAGCUCGCUUGCUGAACAGUUGACUCCCGAUAUUGUUGACGCGGUCCUCGCCAUCUACCAAGCUCCAGCGAAGCCUGAUCUACAUAUGGUUGAGAUCAUGACUAUGCAGCAUCGAACAGCCGCAGACACUCAGCUCAUCCGUGGGCUUGCUCUUGACCACGGUGCAAGGCAUCCAGACAUGCCAAAAAGGGUGGAGAAUGCAUACAUCCUUACCUUGAACGUCAGUCUGGAGUACGAGAAGUCCGAGAUCAAUUCAGGGUUCUAUUACUCGAGUGCAGAUCAGAGGGAAAAACUUGUUGAGAGCGAGCGGCGGUUUGUUGACGAAAAGCUGAGGAAGAUUAUAGAGUUGAAGAAAGAAGUCUGCGGUAACGAUCCUAAGAAGGGCUUCGUAAUAAUAAAUCAGAAAGGUAUUGAUCCUUUGAGCUUGGAUGUCCUGGUCAAGAACGGCAUUUUUGCCUUGAGGAGAGCCAAGAGAAGGAACAUGGAAAGGCUCCAGCUUGUAUGCGGUGGAACUGCGCAGAACAGCGUAGACGACCUUACGCCAGACGUGCUUGGCUGGGCAGGUCUAGUGUAUGAGCAUCAAUUAGGGGAAGAGAAGUACACCUUCGUGGAAGAUGUCAAGGAACCUAAGUCGGUUACUCUGCUUAUUAAGGGACCAAAUGCGCACACUAUUACGCAGAUCAAGGACGCCGUGCGCGACGGUUUGAGGAGUGUCUACAACAUGAUUGUAGACGGGAGCGUGGUUCCAGGGGGUGGUGCCUUCCAGGUUGCUUGCGCUGCUCAUCUCUCAAGCGAGAAAUUUAGGAAGACCGUGAAAGGCAAGGCCAAAUGGGGGGUAACAGCGUUCGCGGAUGCCUUACUUGUCAUCCCAAAGACGCUCGCCGCAAAUUCGGGACACGAUAUACAGGACUCACUGGCUGCGCUUCAGGAUGAAUAUGUUGAAGGCAAUAUUGUGGGGCUGAAUCUGUCCACCGGAGAAGCGAUGGACCCCCUGCAGGAAGGCGUUUACGACUCGUUCCGCGUGCUUCGCAAUUGCAUUGCAUCGAGUACCGGCAUUGCCUCCAAUUUGCUCCUGUGCGACGAGAUGUUAAAAGCACGGCAAAUGGGACGCCAACCCGAACCAGGCGAAGGGCAAUGAUGAGGUACAAGAAGGUCAUCAUAUGCCACACGGUCUUGUUCGGUCCACACUUCUCUGUACUACAGAGAGCGCCUCGCGGCUUGUGAAUGCGACGCCCUGACAGGUGCAUGAAUUUAAGAGUUCUUAACAGAGAUGCGGGGAAAUGCUGUUCGACCUCUUGGUACAGGCGAUGUACAGUGCCCGCCUUGUUAAAAAUAAAUAGACACUGAACCG